AAAGGAUUCUCGUUGGCCGUUAAAAAGAACCCCCAUUUACACAACCCUGCUGCAGAUGGCCUUAUACUACAUAUGGCAAUCUGCGAAAUGAAAAUACCACUGCAUUUUACAAAAAUCAUAAUCUUCUGCAAAAUCACAACCCCUUCGUCAAUGCAAUUUCACCAAUCUUCCACCACAAAUUUCCUUCUACAACCACAACCCUUCAACAUAACCAACAACACAAUUCACCAAACCAUUCUGAGAAAAAAAGGUUGAGAAAUCGAGACAACAAUCCUUAAAAAUGGCGGGAAUAGUGCAGCUGCUUGUAACAGACACGAUUUUAUCAUUCAUGUGGGCUUGGGCAACUGUUAUUAUUAGAAUAAUUGUUCAGAAUUUUCUAGGGUUUAGUUAUUAUGGUCACACUGCUGAGUUUUUUAAGUGUUGCCUCUCUGUUCUCAACAUGUUCUUGUUUGCUUAUCUGGUUAAGCUUACUAAUGGUGGAGCUUAUAAUCCGAUUGUUGUAUUUACCUCUGCAAUUAACGGAGAUUUUGUCACAUUUCUUGUUAAUGUUGGAAGAAUCCCCUUUCAGGUGUUUGGUUCGAUCAUAGGGGUGAGGCUUAUCCUUAAGACAUUUCCUGAAUUAUGGAACGGGCCAGAGCUGGUUAUUAACCUCCAUCAAGGCGCACUAACAGAAUGUUUAUUGACAUUCGUGUAUGUAUUGAUCACACUUGGGCUUGAUAGAUACAGACAUGGCAGUUUCUUCAUGAAAACUUGGAUCAGUAGCAUCUUAAAACUCGCUCUUCAUAUCCUCGGAUCUGAUUUAACCGGUGGAUGCAUGAAUCCAGCUGCUGUUGUCGGGUGGGCGUAUGCUCUGGGUGUUCAUGCAACAAAGGAGCAUAUAAUUGUUUAUUGGCUUGCCCCCAUGGAGGCGUGUCUAUUUGCGGUAUGGAUAUUUAGGUUGCUUGUACGCCGUUCAAAACCCGAGAAACAGAAGACUAACUGAAGGUGACAAUUGUACAACAAUACAGCUAGUUGUAUUCCUUUUAGAGAUACUUUUGACUUUUCUUAGUCAAAAAUGUAUGUUCUGGUAUUCAAAUGUGAUGUAUAUUUAUUUUAAUUAGGCGAUUCAUUGUACAUCGUAGGUUUUCUUGUCUUCCAAUCUGUAUUGAUACUUUGACUUUUCCUAGUCAAACAAGUAAUUUUAGAGUAUUCA